AUGUUCGCCGUUAACUUCCUUCCGCAGUCCGACGACUCAAAGAUAUGUGUUGUCAUGGUGGGCCUUCCGGCCCGUGGCAAGAGUCUCAUCGCCGGCAAGGCCAUGCGCUAUCUGGGUUGGGUCGGUAUCCCUGCCCGUGUCUUCAACGUUGGUAGCUAUCGCCGCUUCAGCAACCCGCAGCCAGGAGCCGCCUUCUUUGACCCCCACAAUGAAGAGGGUGAACGCAUGCGCCGAGCUGCCGCAGAGGCUGCCAUGUCGGACAUGCUUCAGUGGUUCAAGACCGGCAAGGGUAUUGUCGCCAUCUUGGAUGCCACCAACUCCACCAAGGAGCGCCGCAAGUGGAUCUAUCAGAAGUGCACUGAAGCUGGCAUUGAGGCUCUCUUUGUGGAGUCCAUCUGUGAUGACGAAGAUCUCAUCAUGACUAACAUCAAGGAAGUCAAGACGACCUCCCCGGACUACAAGGGUCAAGAUCCUGAGGUCGCUGCCCUUGAUUUCCGCAACCGCAUUCGCAACUACGAGAAGGUGUACGAAACCAUCGACGAAGAUGAGAAGAAGUACACCUACGUCAAGCUCAUCAACGUGGGAUCGACCGUCAUCAUCAACCAGAUCAAAGAUUACCUGUCCAGCCGUCUGGUCUACUACAUCCAGAAUAUUCACAUCAAGCCUCGUUCCAUCUGGCUCUCCCGACACGGUGAAUCCGAGUUCAACCUGACUGGCCGUAUUGGAGGCGACUCGAACAUCUCCGAGCGCGGCGAAGCCUACGCCCGCGCACUUCCCGAGCUGCUGCGCAAGUCUGGUGUCCCUGACAACACCAAGAUCGUAAUCUGGACUUCGACUUUGCGUCGUACUAUUCAGAGUGCCCGUCACCUCAAGGCUGCGACUGGCUAUGAGAAGCUGGAGUGGAAAGCCCUGGACGAACUUGACUCGGGCGUUUGCGACGGCCUGACCUACGAAGAAAUCGCUGAGAAAUACCCCGAGGAUUUCGCUGCCCGUGAUGAAGACAAGUACAACUACCGCUACCGUGGCGGUGAGUCCUACCGCGACGUCGUCAUCCGCCUUGAGCCCAUCAUCAUGGAACUGGAGCGCAGUGAGAAUGUCAUCAUCGUUACCCACCAAGCUGUCCUCCGCUGCAUCUACGCCUACUUCAUGAACGUGCCCCAGGAGCAGAGUCCCUGGAUGGAGGUGCCUUUGCACACUCUCAUCAAACUCACCCCCCGCGCUUACGGCACCGAAGAGCAGCGCUUCAAGGCUGAUAUCCCCGCUGUCUCGACCUGGCGUGGAAAGGGCACUUCGGCAAAGCACCAGGAAUUCCCCGCUGAGGGAGGAAAGAAAGAGGACACUGAGACCAAGCACUAG